AUGAAGACGUGGUUCCUCCUGCUGGUGAGUGUGGCUUCGUUCGUCGAGCAGAGGAACUUCCAAGUCGCUGCUCAGGAGGAUGAAGCACAUGGAAAGGCAUUCGGCGCGGUGACGGGACUCGGAGAAGCCUUCCGGGAGUGCCGCGACGAGAGCUCUGAUUCCUCCGCGAAGGGAGCCCUGGCACAGUGCCUCAAGGACCGCGGAUUCGCCAAGGGAAGCGGAGCCCGAACUUCUGCAGGAGAGAGAGGAAGGCCCUUGAGACGAAAGAACUUGAAUCCGGCGCGCAAGACGGGUCGGAAACGGAUGGGCUCAAGGUUGAAAAAGAUAAUAGCGAAAUGUGGGGAAGUUUAUGACGUACAGAAGGGAGACGUUGUUGUGUUUCGCCUAAAUAAAGACGACAUUUGCGACGCAUUCUUCGAGACUUUUAGUGAAGAGAAUAAGUCCAACUGGGUCUCAAAUCAGACAGAUUGUAGAUUGCCAAGCGGAGACACCAAGCUGCAGAUGAACUGUAGGAAGUUCUCUCUCUUAAACUGCAAGAAGGAACGUUUUUUGGUCACCGACGAAACUUCUGAGGAUGAUCAAGGCAGUGAGCGCGAGCAAUGGUGGUACUGGCAGCGGCGGCGGCGGCGGCGGCGGCGGCGGCGGCGGUGGGGUGGUGGCAAUAGUGACAGCACCCAAGCACCAGGAUGCGCAAACGUGUGCGGCGCCGCCCCUGACGACGCGGGCGCAACCCGAAUCGUGGGCGGCGAGGAGGCGAGUGAGGGCGAGUACCCUUGGAUGGCGCUGCUGGAGAUCUCGACGGACUUCGGCGAUUUCUUAUGCGGGGGAGCCAUCGUCACGACCAGACACGUCCUCACAGCCAGCCACUGCGUCGAUUACAAGGGUGUGCAGGUAACGGUCACGGCCGGGGAGUACAACGUCGAUUCCAACAGGGAAACGGAGACCCAGGUCAUCAAAGCCAAACGGGUCACCAUGCAUCCAAAAUAUAACUCUUCCACACAGGAGAACGACAUCGCUCUAAUAACGCUCAAAAAGGCUCUGGUGUGGAAGGACAACAUCGGACCCAUCUGCCUGCCUCCCGACGCGGACUUCGAGGGGCGCUCGGCGGUCGUCACGGGCUGGGGGACGCUGAAAUACCAGGGAUCAUUCCCGUCGAAACUGAACGAAGUUGGCGUCACCGUCGCAAACCAGAAGACGUGUCAGAAGGCCUACGACGCCUUCCCCUUCCCUGUCACAAGGAAACACAUCUGUGCAGCGGAUCCUGGGAAGGACUCUUGCCAAGGCGACUCAGGAGGGCCACUUUUUAUCAAAGAAAACGGGAAGUGGGUUUUGAUCGGUGUCGUAAGCUUCGGCGUAGGGUGUGCAAAGGACGGUUUCCCGGGUGUGUACACUCGUGUCUCCUCGUACAACUCCUGGAUCCUGAAAAGACUCUCUUCCGGAUCCUGUUGAUCCUGGCUCCUCUUUAUGAUUCAGGAUAAAGCUGACGUCUCCUGAGUUAACCUUAUAUUCUUCACUUAAUCGAAAUUGUAUCUCUAAAAAUAGAAAAAAAAUACAGUU